AAGGCAACAUUGCCUCUGUCGCCAUUGAGAGUGAGCGCACAGUUGAUAUGGUGGAAUUUAUCAGCUGAAGGGUAGACAGUGUUUACAACAGAGACCAAGAGGAAACGACAGCACCAUUUAGUAAGGUUUUGAGGUGAAUAGACGAAGUUUAGGCUGCGUAUGUUUACAAAAACAUCGUUUUGUUGCUGUCUGUGCGCUGCGCGCGGCUGAUACUUUUUGGUCAGGUUCUUUGUGUGUCGACAAUGGUUUGUUUUUCUCCUUUUGGAUCUCUCUUCUGGCUUUGACCGGAUCGUUUUAAAUGAAGUGUAGAGUUGCAAUCGUACAGCUUUGAAGGAAGUCUGGUUGGAGUGUGUACGGGUGGAAAGGAGGGGAUAGGCAGGAUUUUAACAAUUAGACAAAUAGGAGUUCAGAAAGGAGAUGGGAAAUUGUCUGAAAUCUCCCACUUCGGAUGAUAUCUCCUUGCUCCACGAAUCCCAGUCAGACAGGGCCAGUUUCGGUGACGCCAACGAUCCGGAUCAGGAACCACCACCUCCAUAUCAGGAGCAGAUCCAUGUGCCGGUGUACCACCCGACUCCCAGCCAAGCCCGGCUGGCUACCCAACUGACUGAAGAGGAGCAGGUGCGUAUUGCUCAGAGGAUUGGCCUCAUCCAACACCUGCCCAAAGGAGUCUAUGAUCCAGGCAGUGACGGCACCGAAAAGAAGAUUCGAGAGUGUGUUAUCUGCAUGAUGGACUUUGUGUACGGAGAUCCCAUCCGGUUCCUCCCCUGCAUGCACAUCUACCACCUGGACUGCAUAGAUGACUGGCUGAUGAGGUCCUUCACGUGUCCCUCCUGUAUGGAGCCUGUAGAUGCUGCUUUGCUCUCGUCCUAUGAAACUAACUGACUACUGCCUGCGCUGAUGCCCUCCCUACACACACACACACACACACACACACACACACACACAUACACAUAGAAUCAGCCCUUGAGUCCUGUCCUAACAUUGCCCCAUUGUGCUCACAAAAAAAAUGUCCGCUCAGUUGGGGGCGUGGGAUGUAGAAGGACCUAAGAGCCACACUGAUGGUUUAAUCUCUCCUGCGUUGUCCUGCUGGACCGGGAAACCUGCAGGAGCCGUUUUGCACCCAUAUGACUUUAUCUUGGGAUUUCCUAUGACUAGCUUCAAACAUCGCCCAGACAAACCAGUCAUGCACCAUUCCACUGAAGCAACACUUACACUGGAAUGAGACAAACCAUCAAGAAACCUAUUGGUGGACUAUUUAAAGAAAACACCAGUUCAACCUUCAAUCUCUAUUUAUUUAUAUCUUAGCGUCUCAGUUUCCAUAAAAGGCUCAUUUGGUUUUCGGCGAAAGCACAUUGGGGCAAAACAGCAAAUUAUAUUGCACACACGCACAUAUUCAUGCAAAGAAAAAAGAAAGAAAAUUCCAUGGUGAAUUUUGCACUUUGACUCCAAUUCAGAGAAGUAAGCCUAGCUGUACACACAUGUGCGCACAACCCCCCUCCACCAGUUGUGCGCACAGGAAUCAUCGCUUUUAACCUUUAUUUAACUUUAAGUUAGCUUUUGAUUUUAUAUGUUUGUUUGUUUUAAAUUGCUAUACAAUUCUGCAUAUUUCUGUUGAGAAGUUGUUAUAUUUCUGUAUCGAUUGUGAGCAGCAAACCUGAAUAAUAAGUUUGUUGUGCUGACAGAUUUAAGGGGUGUUCAAACCGAUAGCGUUUGCAGCGACAAAGUGACCAGUAGUCAUUCAUUUUCAAUAAGAGUUCACAAUUUGUGGCGUCAUGUGCAACAGUUAUCGCCAACAAUGGGAUGAAGUUGAACUGUCAACUUAAUGCAAUAUGGCAUGGAUGCAAUGUAGGAAGUUGGAACUCCUACUAUCUAUCUCCAACCUUAUAAUCACUGUCAGUGUGAACACUCGAGAAAGAGCAGGAUGCAAUUUGUAGUGGCAAGAUGAAAAUUUCCCUUUGUCAUUGACUUUAAGAAAUGAAAAAAGAGAACAAGUGAUGUAAUCCUGUGCUUUCCUAAAUUGAAAAUGUCCAACACUUGGUGGCGACAGCUCUCACAUGUCUGAUGAGAUUCAAUGUUUUGUUGCUCUUUGCUUUGUCAUUUUAAAAUCACCAUUGCUGUUAGUGUAAUAGCAAAUCCGAAAAAUGCAUCUACAGACAAAAUCACUGAAGUCAUUGGAAACCUAAAGUCAGCCCAGAGUGUCACGUGUGAUAUUAAUAUGAUUAAUGCAAUAUAGGCUGUAGUGACUCACUACAUGUAUGAGUGUGCAAAACCGCUUGAUCAUGUUAGUUUCACCUUCAUUGCACUUACGUUUUGCUAACAUAAUUGUACAUAGUGCAAAGACAUGCGGUUAUAUUUUUUUGUGAUUUCUAUUUUAAUUCUGAGUGUACCGAAUACUUCAAAAGAAUUCUUUAUGACAUCACAAAGGACUCACAACCUUAGAAAAAUUAACAAUUGAAUCCUUUGAUUAUUUCCACUGUUUUCACAGUGAGAGUCACCAAGGAUUUGGCUGAAUCAUUAAUCAAGCAUAUAUAUGUUUUUCUUUAAAGUAAGUGAAAAAUGAUUAAAGGUUUUCCCAUUGAUGUUUUCAGCCAGAUUUUUUGGCAAAUUUGUGUUUUAUAUCAAAUAAUAGACAAAGAGCAGAGCUGCAAGAAAAGUUGUACAAUAUUUAUUCAAAAGGAAAUAUUCCUUCGUUUCCACCUUUAUUUGGUGAAAUUAUGCCCAGCCCUCUCUAUGACUAUAAAAGAAAGCACAUGAGAGCAUUGAAAAUGAGUCUCUAUUUAUUUUCCUCACAAAUUUUAUAGAAAGACUGAUAGAAUUCAGAAUUGGUUGUGGGCAACGUGCCUCAUCUUUUCUCUUGAUAUUAUCAAUAUGAGGCUUUAAAUCUGUCUCCUUUACUCAAAACUAGAUAGAAACAAAGCUCUGAUGGUUAGUGGCUGCUAUUGAAGUGAAGAUUUUUCUUUUUUUUCUCGUUUUGGAAAACAUGCCUUGUGUGGAGUGACAGUAUGUGUGUAGUUAAUGAAGGUGGGGGAUAUAUUCUUCAUAGAUAAUCCAUUGACCUGUUUUUGCACAGUGCUUUUAGUUUGAGUUUUUGUCCUUUAGGUCUCUCCAUACAACGAGGAGCUCCAUUGCCUUAGACCAGACAAGGAGGUUUUUGCUCGACGUCCUGGGCUGAUAGGGACUCUACACCUGCGACAGAGCGAUAACGAGUGAGCAUUUGGACGUAAUAAUCAGGGGGCCACUGGGCCCCGGACCACGUUUACAGGACACUUCUUGCUCCUGAGAGACAUGUCAUCAAUGCAAUGCCAUGCCAUACAUGAAACUGAUUCUCCAUGAUGUGCUGGGAGCACAUGGACAUUAUCUAUGAUCUGUUUGUAUGUGAUGUGUGCGUAAGGCUGUGAGAGUCUCCCGUUUGUCUGUUCUUAAAUAUAUACAUAAAUAUGUAUGUAUAUAUAAAAUUAUGCAUCUUAACUGUACUACAGGCAAAUAAUAAAUAGCAUAA